AGAAGUUUCCGUUCUCCUCCUUCUGAGUGUCCCGGAAGAUUUGGGGGUUUUCGAACGGGGUAGAGCGAGAAGAAGGGCGAGCGUCGAGCGAUCCUUUGCUCGGGAGGGACAAAUAUAUUGGGGCUAGAACACAAAAUGGAUGCAGGUGGACGUCCUUCGACUGGUCAACUCAUUCUCCUGGCUACCAGCUCAGCUGUCACCGCAAUUUUAUAUGCCAUUUACAGACAAAAAUCAAAGGUUGUUCACAGUCUGAAGGGAGCCAAAAAGAUCACCCUAGACCAGAACUUGAAGUCUAUUCUCAUGGAAGCGCCUGGAAAGUGUGUCCCUUAUGCGGUGAUAGAAGGUGUUGUGCGAUCCGUUAAGGAAACGCUUAACAGCCAGUUUGUGGAGAACUGCAAGGGUGUGGUUCAGAGGCUGACGCUGCAGGAACAUAAGAUGGUGUGGAACCGGACCACCCACCUCUGGAAUGAUUAUGAAAAGAUCAUUCACCAGAGAACCAACACAGUGUCCUUUGACUUGGUGCCCCAGGAAGGUGGAACCGAUGUCGCGGUGAAGGUAUUGAAACCCCUGGAUGCUGCUGAACUCAGCCUAGAGACAGUUUAUGAAAAAUUCCACCCCUCCGUGCAGUCCUUCACGGAUGUGAUUGGACAUUACAUCAGCGGGGAGCGUCCCAAGGGCAUCCAGGAGACAGAAGAGAUGCUGAAGGUGGGAGUGAUGCUCACAGGUGUGGGGGAGCUAGUCCUGGACAAUAACACCAUCAAAUUGCAGCCGCCCAAGCAGGGGAUGCGGUAUUACUUGAGCAGCCAGGAUUUCGACUCCUUGCUUCAGAAGCAAGAAUCCAGUGUCCGGCUCUGGAAAGUCCUGACGGUUGUUUUCGGCUUUGCCACCUGCGCCUUGUUCCUCUUCCUCCUGCACAGGCAAUACCGCCGCCACCGAGAGAAGCGGCACCUGCAGCAAAUGAGUGCGGCAGCUGGCGACACAACCAGCAACACUUGCGUCAUCUGCCUGAGCGACACCCGGUCUUGUGUCUUCCUCGAGUGCGGGCAUGUUUGCUCGUGUGACAAAUGCUACCAAGCGCUCCAGAAGCCCCCCAAGUGUCCCAUUUGUAGACAUGAAAUCACAAGGGUUGUGCCACUGUAUAACAGCUGAACAUUGUCAUCUAAAAUCUCCUUGGAAGCUACCUUAUUACAAAGGAUGGUUCUUUGAACGUCGCUGUGAUGCCCUGCAGAGGAUGUCUGGGGUUGUUGGACAUUCAGUAGUUUGUUUUCCCUUCUGGCAACAGCAGACUGAGUUGAGCUGUAUUAGCUGAGAAUCAAGAACGGGCUUCUGAAAUGCUGGCCUGCUUCUGAUUUUGGACCGCUUGCUGUAGCUUUGGACAUUAUGCCGAAAUAGAGGUCCUUCUCCGUUUGAGAAUUCACGUGUACACAAUUCUGUGUUACCAAUCUUUGUGUUUCCUACACAAGAAUGAACAGGACAGUGUUUCUGGUCUGUCUGCUCCUUUCGAACUGCCUGUCACCGGUGCUGUGUGUGUGUUUUGCACAGAGCAAAUUUUAAAUCUCCCAGUUCCGCAUGAAGAAACUCCAAAUUCUGCACCCACAAUAAAUUGCACAAAUUAAACGGG